CAGAGACGGGCUUCCCGGAGUCUGCGCGGCUAAAAAUACACAGGCACCCAUUUCACUUACUACUCUUUAGGAAAUCAUUUUUAGCGUGGAGACAGACAGCGAGGGUCAAACACGUGUGUGUGCACCGGCGGGCAGCUCCCGGUGAAGUUUAUAGACGGAGGGUCUCCUCUCUCCUGCGGAUUAAUCGGAUUCAAAAUCACUGCGAGUCUGUGGAAGGCGAAGCGUCGCGGUUUUGUUCCAAAGAAGUGCAGGUUUAAAUGCAGACUGUCUCCACAGGCAUGUGCUAUGCCACUGGAUAACCAAGAGGACAGCAGCCUCCCGAACAUUAUAUGUCUGACAGAUGUGCUUUUGCAGUGCAGUGUGGGAUGGCCCUCGUCUUGACCCUGCUUCAGUCCCUCAUCCUGGGUGUUCUGGGGGUCCACAGCAGUUACCCUCGCUUCUCCUCCAAUGACUCGGUCUUCCAGCACCUGGCAUUGCACCCUGACCCCAGCAUAGGAACGGUCUACGUGGGGGCCCGGGACCAUCUGUUCCAGCUCGCUGGCCUUGAUGGCCUCCGUCUUGAAGUGGAUGAGAGAACCGGCCCCGUGAGAGACAGCAAGGACUGUCUGCCUCCAGUUACCCUGGAGAACUGCCCUCAGGCUGGGCUCGUUAACAAUCACAACAAGCUUCUGCUAGUGGAUCCAUAUUCCCUCCAGCUCAUCACCUGUGGCAGCGUACACCAGGGCACCUGCCAGAAACGCAGCCUAGCCAAUGUGAACGAAGUCCUCUUCUCUGCCGAGAGACCUGUUGAUACGCAAUAUGUGGCGGCUAACGACCCUACGUCGUCAACGGUUGGGCUCGUGGUGCGACCGCAAGACAAAGAUCCUGUCCUUUAUGUGGGACGAGGCUACACCAGCAGUCACCCGCCAGUCUCCACUCGCCAACUUUCGACAGAGCCGGUGUUCUCCUAUGAGGAAACCGCUAAGCUCGCUGUAGCCGGGCGCCUCUCAGAGUACGAUCACAAUUUUGUCGCAACCUUUGCGCGACGCAAUCACGUCUACUUUUUGUUCUAUAGACGCGACCUGAAAGCUGCAUCGAGGGAAUAUCGUACGUACGUGGCACGGGUGUGUUUGGACGAUCAAGCAUAUUACUCCUACGUUGAGGUACCGCUAAUGUGUCACUCGGGCUCAACAGGAAGGAACUACAAUUUCCUCCAGGGGGCGCAGGUGGGCGGUGAGGAAUCUGGAGGCUCGCAGGUUUUGAUGGGAGUCUUUUCUACGGCGGUUAGUGCUGCUAAUGGACCCGGUGAGGAAUCUGCAUUGUGUGUGUACUCUCUGGAUGAAGUGGACCGCGGUAUUGAUGCUACACGAGAUCUGUGCUACACGCAAUACGGAGUGAAAGAUGGCUACAAGGUGGCAUACAUUGAGUAUGAUGUUAAAUCCAACUGUGCCAACCUGCCUACGAACACCCUGAACGCUUAUCCCUGUGGCUCGGACCACACCCCGAGUCCAAUGACGAGCCGGGAGCCGGUUGAAGCUAAAGCCGUAUUGGACAGCCCAGCCGCCCGUCUCACUGCUGUCGCCGUUAGUGUAAAGGAGGGACACACUAUUGUUUUCUUGGGUGACUCCAAAGGCAAUUUGCAUAAGGUGUUCCUGGGUAACUCAGGAGAGGUGAAGAAGUACUCCACCCUUCUCAUCCAACCUGGUUUGGUCAUCAACAGUGACUUACUGCUGGAUUCCACCCAUAGACACGUCUACAUCAUGACCAGCCAUUCUGUGGAGAAGAGGCCUGUGGCAGAGUGUGACAAGCACACUGAUUGCACUUCCUGUCUGGCAGUGAAGGACCCAUACUGCGGUUGGUGUGUUCUUGAUGGCCGGUGUGGGAUGCGUUCAGACUGUCGGCUGGGCUCGGUCGAAGGUCACUGGCUGUGGAGUUUUGAUGAGCAGCAGCAGUGCUUGAGACUGGAGUCACUGAGCCAAUAUAACGCCAGCCUUGGAGAACAGAAACAGAUUGCUGUGAAUGUCCCGGGUUUGCCCAGUCUGUCAGAGGGUGACAUGUACUCGUGUUUCUUUGAAGACACUGAAACAGCUGCUUCGGUCCAGGGAACCACAGUCACCUGUGCCACUCCUGAGGCCCACAGACUUCCACCGGUGCCACAGGGAGAGGAUUGUGUGUCCGUCACGCUGUCCCUGCGCUUUCGGACGGUCACCAUAGCUCUCGCAGACUUCACCUUCUAUGACUGCUCUGUGGUGCAGCAGCUCUCUGGCACCAGCCCGUGUAGGGGCUGUGUGAACAGCCGCUGGAAAUGUAACUGGUGCGUCCACCAGCAUGUGUGCACUCACCGGUCCAUGUGUGACCGUGGUGCCAUCAUCUACAACCAACAUUUUUCGCUCCCCACGUCUGCUCCUCAAACAAUAAAAGACUUUGACGCGCACACGUACACCACCUCCACACCCGCGACAACAACAACCCUCUCGACCACUGAGGUUGCCAUAACGACCGAAGCCUUUGUUAUGACUACCCCUUCAAUGACCCCACCCACUACUCCAGAGCCCACCACCACACCUCUGGAAACCACAACCCCACUCGACCCUCCACCCACCACCCCCAACCACGCUACAACCUCCUCUACGCACCCAUCCAGCGCCACUACAGAGUCAACCGAUACCAUCACAGAGGCCACCACCCUCUCCAAAAAUGCCUCUUGGGUGGAGGAGAGCAUCCAGGUAGGUUUGCUGUCAACGCCGACCCCGCAAUCAUACGAAGAACUGGUGGGACCUUCGUCGCGUGAAGAGGCCGCUGAAGUGACGCUGCCCGCGUUGAGAGCUGGGGAAGUGGUGACGAUGGGGCCGUUGAUUGAAGCGCUGCCCUCAUCCUCCUCUGAAGUGGUUACCCUCUCGCAGGCAGAUAUGGAUAUAGAUGCUCUUAUAGACACAAGCGCCCCUGUGUCGUCAGCCAGCGCCCCCUCUGGCGACGGUGAGGCAGGGCCUGAUUCAUCCGAUUUCCCCCCCGCUCCAGACACAGACUACCAGUUUGAUUCGGCUGACCUUUUCCUCCUGGAAGAGGAGAGUUUGCUCGUGAGUAGAGGUUCUCAUGCCUGUCCGUGUGUGGAACACAUCCAGGGCAGCUCCCUCCUACCUGUCAAUGUCGAGAGGAAGAUCACUCUGCUGGGACGCAACUUACACCUCUAUCAGGACAAAGAUCUGGAUUACCAGUGUGUGUUGGUGAUUGAGGGCCGAUCGGUGGUGGUGGAUGCUUUUGUGGAAGUGGACGACACUCAGCCAUCUCUGUUCUUCAUUACCUGCCAGCUACACCAGUACUCUUACUCGGCUGCCAUGGAGGAAUACAGGAGCAUGAUCUCAGUCAGGAGGAGGGACUCUUUCCAGAUGGAUUACCCAGAAGACCUGCAUGUUCGGCUGUAUAACUGCUCCGUGGGCCGGGCCGACUGCAGUCGCUGUCACACGGCCGAUCAGCAGUACGAGUGUGUGUGGUGUGAAGGGUCUCGCUCCAGCUGCGUCUACAGGAGCUCCUGCACCGAACACGUCCAACAGACCUGUCCUGCUCCUCACAUACACACGAUUGAGCCUCUUUCUGGUCCAGUGGAGGGCGGCACAGUGCUCACAGUGUCUGGUUCUAAUCUGGGUCAGAGAGCUGAAGACAUCCAGCACUCGGUGACUGUAGCCGGAGUCCCCUGCACGGUCAUCCCCGACAGAUACGAGGUGUCCUCCAGUAUUGUUUGUGAGACCACAGCGAGUGCAGGGGAGCAGAGCGGCCACAUCUCGGUGCAGGUUAAAGGCGGAGGAAUCGGGCAAUCUGCCCAGCACUUCCGUUACCAGGACCCAGUGUUAUUGGGAGUGUCUCCACUGAAAGGCCCAAUGUCUGGAGGCACAUCACUCACCAUCACGGGACAGAACCUUCUGACGGGCCGUUCCAAUGAGAUCAGCAUCCUGAUUGGUGGAGUCCCAUGUUACAUUUCUGCUGAGCAGUACAACAAUGAAGGUGUUGAGUGUGUGACUGGAGGGAGUAACAGAACCGGAGAGAGCAGCGUUACAGUGCGCUUUGGUAGAGCUGAGCGACAUCUACAGGAAGUCCUCUAUCAAUACACCCCAGACCCCAACGUAACCCAUGCUGCUCCCUCCAAAAGCUUCAUCAGCGGGGGUCGUAUCAUUCGAGUGUCUGGCCUGCAUCUGGACGUGGUACAGGAGCCUCGUAUCCACGUGACCCUGACGCCUCUGGAGCCGCACUCACAGAAGAGGAAGAGGAGGAGGAGGAGGAGCAGUGUGGAUUACAGUCUUCUCAGAAGAGCUCGGCGGAUCAUCCCAGAGCCCAACUGUCCUGAAGAUAGUCUCUGUGUCGUCAAACAGGUAGAGUUCACACAAGUGGAGGAGCGGUGCACAGUGAACAGCUCAACUCUGAUCCUGUGUCCCACUCCGGAGGUGGGGCCCGAGGCCCUGCGUGCUGCUGUCAGUGUGCAUUUCCUCCUGGAUAACCUCCACUUUGAGUUUGAGGCGGUCAGCGGCAGCCGCUUCAGUUAUGAGCCCAAUCCUGUUCUUCAUAGCCUCAAUCAACACGACCCCAGCAAACCCUUCAGACACAAACCCGGCAGCAUCAUCUCUGUGGAGGGAGAGAAUCUGGACCUGGCCAUGUCUAAGGACGAGGUGGUUGCUCUGAUUGGUGAUGGAGAGUGUGCUGUGAAGACUCUAACCAGAAACCAUCUGUACUGUGAGCCUCCGACACAGCAGCCGUCAGUGGCAGCGACCAAGAAACGAGAGGCCGCCGACACGCUCCCAGAGUUCACUGUGAGGAUGGGGAAUCUGAACUUUUCUCUGGGACGGGUGCAGUAUGAUUCUCAGGGCCCGGCUGCGUUCCCUCUGGAGGCCCAGGUGGGAGUCGGGGUGGGAGCCUCCAUUGUGGCUCUUAUUGUGCUGGUUAUCGUACUCAUAUACAGGAGGAAAAGCAAGCAAGCACUAAGAGACUAUAAGAAAGUCCAGAUCCAACUGGAGAAUUUGGAGACGAGUGUCCGAGACCGCUGUAAAAAGGAGUUCACGGAUCUGAUGACUGAGAUGAUGGAUGUGUCCAGUGAUCUCAUGGGCUCUGGGAUUCCAGUCCUGGAUUAUCGUAAAUACUCCGAGAGGAUUUUCUUCCCUGGUCACCGUGAUUCUCCUCUGAGACGGGACCUUGACGUUCCCGCCUGUCGCCGCGCCACAGUGGAGCAAGGCCUGGUUCAGCUCUCUAACCUGCUGAACAGCAAACUGUUCCUCACCAAGUUCAUCCACACUCUGGAAGCCCAGCGGACCUUCUCUCCAAGGGACAGGGCGUAUGUGGCCUCCCUCCUUACGGUGGCGCUGCACGGCAAACUGGAGUAUUUCACAGACAUCCUAAAAACUCUGCUUAGUCACCUGGUGGAGCAGUACACCACUAAAAACCCCAAACUCAUGCUGCGCAGGACCGAGUCUGUGGUGGAGAAGCUGUUGACUAACUGGAUGUCCAUAUGUCUUUACACCUUCCUCAGGGACACAGCAGGUGAGGCGUUCUACAUGCUGUUCAGAGCCAUAAAGCACCAGGUGGAUAAAGGUCCAGUAGAUGCUGUUUCAGGCAAAGCCAAAUACACACUCAACGACAACCGACUGCUGCGGGAAGACGUGGAGUACCGCACACUGACUCUGAAUGUUCUGGUGAGCAGCGGAGGUGCUGGUGAGUCUCUGACGGUCCCCACUAAAGUGCUGGAUUGUGAUACCAUCACACAGGUGAAGGAGAAGAUUGUGGAGCAGACAUUGAAGGGCACGUCAUACUCCCAGAGACCCUCCGCAGACUCUGUGCAUCUGGAGUGGAGGGCGGGAAUGGCUGGUCAUCUAAUCUUGUCGGAUCAGGACUUGACAUCAGUGGUUCAGGGGUCCUGGAAACGCCUCAACACCUUACAACACUACAAGGUCCCAGAUGGAGCCACAGUAACACUGGUGUCACGACAAUCCAAGCAAAUCCACCACGACAGCCAUGACUACAUACCCGGAGAGAAGACCCCGAUGUUGGAGGAUGGAGACGAAGGAGGAGUGAAGCAGUGGCACCUGGUGAAGGCCGGUGAGGAGGCGGAGCUACCCAAACACAGACGGGGCAGUCUGAGAGACAAAGAGCGUGAGAGAGCCAAGGCCAUCCCAGAGAUCUACCUCACACGCCUGCUGUCUGUGAAGGGUACACUGCAGAAGUUCGUAGACGAUCUGUUCACUGUGAUUCUGAGCACCAGUCAGCCGGUUCCUCUGGCUGUCAAAUAUUUCUUUGAUCUGUUGGACGACCAGGCUGCACAGCACAACAUUACAGACCCAGAGACAAUCCACAUAUGGAAAACAAACAGCUUGCCACUGAGAUUCUGGAUUAAUAUCUUGAAGAACCCUCAGUUCAUCUUCGAUGUUCAGGCCUCUGACAAUGUAGACGCAGUGCUGUCAGUCAUUGCUCAGACAUUCAUGGACUCCUGCACUAUCGCCGACCACAAACUGGGCAGGGAUUCCCCAAUCAACAAGCUCCUGUAUGCUCGGGACAUCCCACGCUACAAACAAAUGGUGGAGAGAUAUUAUUCAGAUAUAAGACAGACCAUCCCUGUCAGUGACCAAGAGAUGAACUCCUCUCUAGCUGAACUCUCUAGGAACUACUCUAAUGAAGUUAAUCAUCUAGUGGCGUUGCAUGAGUUGUACAAGUAUAUCAACAAAUACUAUGAUCAGAUCAUCACAGCUUUAGAGGAGGACUCCACUGCUCAAAAGAUGCAGCUGGGCUACAGACUCCAACAGAUCGCUGCAGCUGUGGAGAAUAAAGUCACUGACCUUUGACCUGUAACCUCGAACAGACGCUUGAAAAGACUGUAAAAGAGACAAAGCCAGUGACAUAAAGAGACCAGAGACCUUGCCAGAAGGCAUGAACUCUUACUUCCUGAAGACUCCAGAGCACAGAGGAUAUUUGAGACGGACGGUUACGAUUAAAGACAGCAUUCACAGAUUCAAAAAGCGUGAGUCUCUCAUAGAUCUGUAGAGCUGCUCUCUGUUUCAUCUGCACAGCCGUCACUCGCUAACACGCUACAGUGCUGUAAAGCUACUGUUGUUGGCGGGGCAUUUCUGAGAGAGGCGCUAGUCCUACAGGGUUUUUGGCAUUGUGACUUGAGGCCCCAAGCUCAGAAUGUUGUUUUCAGCGUGUCAAGCAUGCUUGAGCACCACCUUUCCUGUAUUUAAAAAAAAAAAAGUCUUACUGUUUGUCGGAUUCUUGGAAAACCGCAUUUGGUGUGAUGUGCUUUAUGUUGCAGCCUGUGUCUUAAUAACAAAGAAUUCAAAAGGGGAAAAAAAAACAAAGGAUGGCUUCUAAGGACAACUAAAUGAAUUUUCUUGCUCAACACUCCCUUUUGUUGAGUGUUCUCUUAUAAACUGUUUUUAUCCAGAUUUUUUUUGUUUUAAAUGAAAACACUGGUUUAAGGGAACUCGACCUAACAGGGCCAUUUGAGAUGUCUUCAUGUGUCACAUGCAUGGAUACUCACCGUGAAUUCAGAGAUUUUAGGUUGGCACAUGCAUGUCGCGUGUGCAUUUUAUUGUCGAUUCUGAUUAUGUAAAUGGUAGGUUAACCCGAUUAACACACUUGAUUUAGGUGGAUAGGUUUCAUGUAACGUUCACAAUGCUCAGUUGUACAUUUGUUCAUACUCAUUAAGGUUUGUUUCUUCAGUGUUAAAGUGUGCUUUUCAAUGUUUUUGGUUGGCUUUCAGAAAAA